AUGAGGUCUUCUUGGGUCAUUACGCCUUUGCUGCUGAGCGGAUUCGCUCUCAGUCACCCAACGUCAGGCGGACACGUCGUUCACGAGUCUGUCGAGCAACUGCCCCGAGGCUGGCGUCAUGUUGCCCCGGCGGAGGAUCUCAACACGGUGCGACUCUCGGUUGCGUUGAAGCAGCCCGGCUUGUCUGAGCUCAAGGCCCGUCUCGAGGUCACCAGUGACCCGAGCCAUUCCCAGUACGGCGCUCACGUCUCCCGUGACCUCUUGAAGUAUUUCCAAGAACCAGAGGCGGAAUCCUUCUCUGCUGUGGCAUCGUGGCUCCAGUCCAACGAUAUUCCUAACUUCGUCCGAGACGGACCCUGGGUUCGUCUGAACACGACUGUUGGCAAGGCAAACCGUCUGUUGGACUGCAAGUUCGCCAAGUAUCAGUACAACACCGGCGACGUCGUUCUCCGUGCCAAGGAGUACACCCUCCCCGCCCGGCUCUUGGAACAUGUCGACUUUGUCUACCCCGUCAGCCAGUUCGUGAGCAAGCCGCCGAGACGGGAGAUCAAGAUGCGGGAUUCAGGCAUGACGAAGCGCCAGAGCACCAUGCCCCAAAGCUGCUGGUCUUACACCACGCCCGACUGUCUCGUGGAGCUGUACAACAUCAACUACCACCUGCCGGACGACCAGUCGCCCACGGACUUCGCCAUCGCCGGCUUCCUCGAGGAGUACCCCAGCGUGCCGACCCUGCAGGCGUUCCUCGCGUCCUACAGCCCCCUCCGGAACACCACCGGCUACUCCCCCAAGUACAACCUCACCGUCGAGUCCAUCAACGGCGGCGGCGACACCACCGAGGGCGGCGGCGUCGAGGCCCUGCUCGACAUCCAGUACAGCAUGCCCUUCAUCCAGCCCAUGAACGUCACCUACUUCUCCACCGGCGGCCGCGGCCCGGAGAUCGGCGACGACGGCAGGGACAAGACGCCCGACGAGAGCGGCAACGAGCCGUGGAUCGAGUUCCUCGAGGCCCUCCUCGCCCGCGACGCCAUCCCCCACGUCAUCUCCAUCUCCUACACCGACGACGAGCAGGCCAUCCCGCUCCCCUACGCCCGCCGCGUCUGCGACCUCUUCAUGCAGGUCGCCGCCCGCGGCGUCUCGAUCCUCGUCGCCACCGGAGACGGCGGCGCCGCCGGCAUCCGCUCCGGGAACUGCGUCUCCAACGACGGCACCAACACGACAAAGUUCCUCCCGACGUUCCCCGUCGACUGCCCCUACGUCACGGGCGUCGGCGCCACGGGCAACUACGCCCCCGCCGAGCCGGCGUGGUACAGCUCCGGCGGCUUCAGCGAGUACUUUGAGCGGCCCGCCUGGCAGGAGUCGGUGGCCGCGGCCUAUAUCGCCGGCAUCAACGGCUCCCACUCGGGCUGGUACGCGCCCAAGGGCCGGGGCAUCCCGGACAUCUCGGCCGUCGGCUCUCGCUUCCUGAUGCAGCCCGGCUGGACGCAGAAGGGCACCAGCGCGAGCACGCCCGUCGUCGCGGCCAUGAUCGCCCUCGCCAACGACAAGCGGAUGAGGCAGGGCCGCCCCCCGCUGGGCUUCCUCAACCCGCUGCUGUACUCCGACAAGGUCCGCUCCGCCAUCAACGACGUCACCAGCGGCUCCAGCGGCAGCUGUCCCGUCGGUGACCAGGUCGAGAGCGGAUGGCUGGCGACUGCGGGAUGGGAUCCGGCAACUGGUCUUGGUACGCUGGACUUUGCCAAGUUCGUGGCGGCGCUCGAGUAG